GUUUCUCCCUAGAGCUUACCGCAAAAGUUCAAAUCAUUAUUUUUUCAAGUCGACUAUUUUUUUGACAACUGGAACAUAAUAUUAGUUACAAUAAUUGAGGUUUCUGCGAUUCGCAGAGGAUAAUUGAAAGACUAUAAGGCCUGUCCAAUCCUGUAGUCCGUUUCUGCUAUUUGCCCACAUUCCAGACUGAGUUGUUUUGUAGUGAAGCUGUAUAUUUUCGCGACUCAAGGCCGUUUAUUUUGAGUCUAGUUUAAGAUGGAUGGUGGUACUCUUCUGGUGGAGAAGAUUAAGCUGGUGUUUGUGGGGGACGCGGGGGUGGGGAAGACUUGUUUGAUCAAACGUCUGGUUGAGAACAGAUUCGACCCCUACAGCGAACCCACCAUGUACGACAGGUACACUCGGGUGAUCCAGUACAAGGGGAAGAGGUGUGAGUUGGUGAUAGAGGACACAGCCGGACAGCAGGAGUAUGCCAGACUGAGACCCAUCCAGUACACAGAUGCCAGUGUCAUCCUCGUCUGCUUCGCCCUCGCAAGCCCAAGCAGCCGAUACGAAAACAUUAAACUGGUCAGUUCUUCGCGUCUAUCUAGCAAGUUCUAUAGUGAACCCUCGAGGCAAGCAACCAAAAACAAACUGAUGCAAAGCUGCAUCCAACAAGCAGCCACGGAAACCUUCUCAAACGUGCAAUCUUACUGGAUUCCAGAAGUCAACCACUUUUUAACCACAGCCCACAAAAAGGUACUACUGGGAACCAAAAGUGACCUUAGAAUCCACGGGCUUCCAGAGGGAACCUUCAUAACCCACAAAGAGGGAUCCAGUUUGGCUAAAAAGUGCAAUUGUGCCAGAUACGUGGAGUGCUCUGCUAGUUCCGGGUAUAAUGUGAACCACGUGUUGAACACUGCUAUCGAGCUGCAUUUCAACGAAAAACAUAAACCUUCACGAAGGAGACCUAGACACUUUUGUCGAUUCUUAUAGUUCAAACUUUCAAAACAUCAAAUUUUCAAAAAGACGAGAAAAAAGUCAAAUUAUAAAAACAAGAAUAAAAAAACUGGCCAAACUGUGAGUUUUAUAAAAACUUA